CUUCAUUCUCUUUAAGGAAAGCAAAAUCUGCAAGAACCUGUUUCUCUUUUAAGUGUGCACAUUUUUUGUUUAGCUCUUUACCUUAGUUGUAUAUUUGUACACUGCUAAGGUUUUUGCAGUAGUUGCAAAUAGCACUGUAUGUCCUCACUCCCUCAUUUUUCUGGAGUGUCUACCAUAGCAAUUUGCAACUGCAUUAUCUCAGAAGAAGCAAAUAGGCUUCCGGGUUUUGUGGGUUUGAUCUCAAGUUACAAAAGUUGUUGCCUUUGAUUGUUGUGUUGGGUGGAAUCAAUGGAGGGAAGCGGUAGAUACAGAGCAAGUAACAGUCUCCGAGCGAGCAGUUCUACAGUCUGGAGAAACAGUACAAUGGAUGCUUUCUCUAGGUCCUCGCGGCAUGAAGAAAAUGAUGAAGAGGCUCUGAAAUGGGCCGCACUUGAGAAACUCCCUACUUACAACCGUAUGAGGAAAGGGUUGUUGGCCACAUCGCGCGGAGUUGCUAAUGAGAUUGAUAUAACUGAUCUUGGAUAUCAGCAAAGGCAGAAACUGUUGGACAGGUUGAUCAAGGUAGCUGAAGAGGACAAUGAGAAGUUUUUGUUGAAGCUCAAGGAAAGAAUUGAUAGAGUUGGGAUUGAUAUUCCAACAAUUGAAGUACGAUAUGAGCACCUAAAUAUUGAGGCAGAGGCUUAUGUGGGAAGCAGAGCUUUACCCACUUUCCUGAACUUCGCUACAAAUAUAGUGGAGAGUUUCUUUACUUCACUCUAUAUUCUCUCACGCAAGAAGAAACAAGUGACUAUUCUUAAUGAUGUCAGUGGAAUCGUGAAGCCUAGUAGGAUGACACUGCUUCUAGGUCCUCCAAGUUCUGGAAAGACCACACUCCUUCUGGCAUUGUCAGGAAAGCUUGAUCCAAGUCUAAAGGUGUCUGGAAGAGUGACUUAUAAUGGGCAUGAAAUGAAUGAGUUUGUACCUCAGAGAACAGCUGCCUAUAUCAGCCAGCAUGAUGUUCACAUUGGAGAAAUGACUGUGAGGGAAACCUUGUCUUUCUCAGCAAGGUGCCAAGGGGUUGGAUCACGUUAUGAUUUGUUAACUGAGUUGUCUAGGAGAGAAAAAGAAGCAAACAUUAAACCAGACCCGGAUAUAGAUGUCUACAUGAAGGCAGCUGCAACUGGAGGCCAGGAGGCAAGUCUGCUUGUAGAUUAUGUUUUGAAGAUAUUGGGGUUGGAUAUAUGUGCUGAUACUAUGGUGGGGGAUGGAAUGCUGCGUGGUAUUUCUGGAGGACAAAAGAAGAGGGUUACCACAGGGGAAAUGCUUGUUGGAGCAGCAAAAGCUCUAUUCAUGGAUGAAAUAUCCACUGGAUUGGACAGUUCCACAACUUUUCAAAUUGUGAACUCUGUCAGACAAUAUGUUCACAUUCUCAAGGGAACUGCAGUUAUCUCUCUGCUCCAGCCAGCACCGGAGACUUAUGAACUUUUUGAUGAUAUCAUUCUUAUCUCUGAUGGUGAAAUUGUUUACCAAGGACCUCGUGAAUACGUUCUUCAAUUUUUUGAAUAUAUGGGUUUUAAAUGUCCUGAGAGGAAAGGUGUUGCUGACUUCCUUCAAGAAGUAACUUCAAAAAAGGAUCAAGAGCAGUAUUGGAUGCGCCGACAUGAACCAUAUAGGUUUGUAACUGUUACUCAAUUUGCAGAGGCAUUUCAGUCAUUCCAUGUUGGGAGGAGAAUCGGAGAAGAGCUUGCAAUCCCAUUUGACAAGUCUAAGAAUCACCCAGCUGCAUUAACCACAGAAAAAUAUGGUGUUAACAAGAAGGAGCUGUUUAAGGCUAACUUCUCAAGAGAGUGCUUGCUUAUGAAAAGGAAUUCUUUCAUAUACAUUUUCAAGAUAUGCCAACUUACAAUCAUGGCAAUAAUUACCAUGACACUCUUCCUAAGAACUGAAAUGCAUCGGGAUUCCUUGAAUGAUGGAGGUGUUUAUUCUGGUGCACUAUUUUUCGCCAUAGUAACGAUUAUGUUCAAUGGACUGGCUGAGAUUUCAAUGACUAUUGUAAAGUUGCCUACUUUCUACAAGCAAAGAGACCACCUAUUUUAUCCUUCAUGGGCAUAUGCCAUUGCCUCAUGGAUCCUCAGGACCCCUAUGACAUUUGUGGAAGUUGGUGCUUGGGUUUUUCUCACCUACUAUGUAAUUGGAUUUGACCCAAAUUUUGGGAGAUUGUUAAAGCAGUACCUUCUGCUAUUAUUGGUAAAUCAAAUGGCUUCUGGAUUGUUUCGAGCAAUUGCAGCACUUAGUAGAAACCUGAUUGUGGCCAACACAUUUGGUUCCAUUGCACUUCUCACACUUUUUACGUUGGGUGGCUUCAUUUUGUCCAGAAAGAAUAUCAAGGACUGGUGGAUUUGGGGUUACUGGAUUUCACCUUUAAUGUACGGGCAAAAUGCUAUAAUGGUGAAUGAGUUCCUUGGAAAUAGUUGGAACCAGCUUACUGGAAAUUCAAAUAAGACAAUAGGAAUUCAAGUUUUGGAGUCACGCGGGUUCUCCACACAUGCAUAUUGGUAUUGGAUUGGGAUUGGCGCGAUGAUUGGAUUUACCUUCCUUUUCAACAUUAUAUACACUCUAGCUCUUACUUACCUCAAUCCAUUUGAGAAGCCACAAGCAAUAAUAUCUGAAGAAUCAGAAGGCAAUGAGCUAAAUGGCAGAGUUCUAGAAGUUGAAUUACCACGCUUUGAAACUUUUGGAAGAGCUAAUGCUGUGGAGGGUUCGAGCCACAGGAGGAAAAGAGGAAUGGUUCUUCCUUUUGAACCAUAUUGUAUCACAUUUGAUGAAAUCGUGUACUCUGUUGACAUGCCAAAAGAAAUGAAGGAUCAAGGUGUAAUGGAUAAUAGGUUAGUGCUUUUGAAGGGAGUUAGUGGUUCAUUCAGGCCUGGUGUUCUCACAGCCUUGAUGGGUGUAAGUGGAGCUGGUAAAACUACCUUGAUGGAUGUUCUAGCUGGUAGGAAAACCGGUGGAUAUAUUGAUGGGACCAUAAAAGUUUCAGGCUACACUAAAAAGCAAGAAACAUUUGCUCGGAUCUCUGGCUAUUGUGAACAGAAUGAUAUCCACUCUCCUCACGUUACUGUCAAAGAGUCCUUGCUCUACUCAGCAUGGCUUCGUUUACCGGCAGAGGUUGAUUCAGAUACUAGAAAGAUGUUCAUCGAGGAAGUCAUGGAACUAGUGGAGCUGAACUCACUCAGGAACUCACUUGUUGGUUUGCCCGGUGUGAAUGGUCUCUCAACUGAACAGCGCAAGAGACUAACUAUUGCAGUUGAAUUAGUGGCGAAUCCGUCCAUAAUUUUCAUGGAUGAGCCUACAUCUGGGUUAGAUGCUAGAGCUGCUGCUAUUGUUAUGAGAACUGUGAGGAACACUGUUGACACUGGAAGAACAGUUGUUUGCACUAUCCAUCAACCAAGUAUUGACAUAUUUGAAGCUUUUGAUGAGUUAUUCCUAAUGAAGCGUGGAGGACAAGAAAUAUAUGUUGGGCCAUUGGGUCGUCAUUCUAGUCACUUGAUCAAGUAUUUUGAGAGUAUUGAAGGGGUUAGUAAAAUCAAAGAUGGCUAUAAUCCAGCAACUUGGAUGUUGGAAGUUACAGCUUCAGCACAAGAACUUACUUUAGGUGUUGAUUUUCAUGAGAUAUACAAAAGUUCUGAGUUGUAUAGGAGAAACAAGCAACUUAUAGCAGAACUGGGCAAACCUGCUCCUGGUUCAAAGGAUCUUCAUUUCCCCACACAAUUCUCACAGUCAUUUUGGGUCCAAUGCUUGGCUUGCUUAUGGAAACAGCAUUGGUCAUACUGGCGUAAUCCACCAUACACCGCUGUGAGGUUUUUCUUCACUACUUUCAUAGCCUUGAUGUUUGGAACAAUAUUCUGGGACCUCGGAGGCAAAUACUCAAGCAGACAGGACUUGUAUAAUGCCAUUGGCUCGAUGUAUACUGCUAUUCUCUUCAUUGGGAUCCAAAAUUCCGCCUCAGUACAACCAGUGGUGGCCGUUGAAAGAACUGUCUUUUAUAGAGAAAGAGUUGCCGGAAUGUACUCUGCCUUACCUUAUGCCAUUGCACAGGUUGUAAUAGAGUUACCAUAUGUUUUUGCCCAAGCUGCAUCAUAUGGUGUCAUAGUUUAUGCCAUGAUUGGAUUUGAGUGGACAGUAGAGAAAUUCUUCUGGUACAUGUUUUUCAUGUACUCCACAUUGUGCUACUUCACUUUCUACGGCAUGAUGGCGGUAGCAAUUACGCCAAAUCACCAUGUUGCUUCAAUUAUGGCUGCUGCAUUUUAUGCGAUUUGGAACCUAUUUUCAGGAUUUAUCGUCCCACGACCUAGAAUUCCUGUUUGGUGGAGAUGGUACUACUGGGCAUGUCCUGUGGCCUGGACCAUAUAUGGGUUGGUUGCAUCGCAGUUUGGUAAUAUAACGCAUAUAAUGGAAUCAGAAAAUGUGUCAGUUCAAGAUUUUAUAAGAAGUUAUUUUGGUAUCAGACAUGACUUCGUAGGAGUUUGCGCAGUUGUGGUUUCUGGAAUUGCUCUACUCUUUGCUUUUAUUUUUGCCAUCUCAAUUAAGCUCUUCAACUUCCAACAGCGAUAGAUUAGCUAUAUUUUUGGUCCUUAUCAUUGUUAACCUGUUCGGUAUACGAGGUUGUCUCUCUCAACAAAUGACUUUCCUGAUCCAGCUUGGCCACCAGUAAUACCUUGUUGGUACUAGAUUAGCUAUAUUAGGCAAACCUGAAGGAUUCUUUGUAUUUUCCACAACUUUUUAGUUUAUUGAUUAGUAUCAUAAUAAUAUUUGUGUCUAUCUUAUUCAGAGAACAUUUUCCGAGGAAACUUAGAUCCCUCUAUGAGUUAAUUUUAAUCUUCUUUUAUACAUUCUUGUGUUUGAGUGUAAAUUUAUUUGUAGAAUGAUGUGAGACUAGAUAAGAUCCUAUUGAGAUUCUUAGAUUUAGUGGUUUGUGAGCUUUAUAAAAA